UUAAAACCCCCAAACAAAUGACAAAUCCAACUCCUUUGACUAAUGGAACUUGUCAUAAAACUCAUCAUCUUCUUCACUUUCCUCCUCUCCUCCCACAAAAUCGAAGCUCAAAAAAACCAUUGCUUACCACAAUACUGUGGAAUCAAUCCCGCACCUGUCCGUUUCCCCUUCACACUGCAGGAACAACAGCAGCCUCAAAACUGCGGCGGCUACCCCGGCUUCUCCCUCACUUGCUCCGGCGAUAUUGCAGGGAGAGGAGCCCUUCUCUUGACCCUCCCAUAUUCCGGAAACUUCUCCGUCCGCUACAUAAACUACCUCAUGCAAGAGAUCCAACUCUACGACCCAGACGGCUGCCUCCCGCGGAAGCUCAUGGCUCUGAACCUCACCUCCUCCCCCUUCGAGGCCAUGUACAUGGAUGAGUUCGUCUUCCUCAGCUGCCCCCGCGCCGCGGUGGCCGGGACGGGUCUCGCCACGGUCGACUGCCUCGGGAACUCCACGUCGGCCGUCGUGGCCACCACUUCGGGCACCCUCGCUGGGUCGAUGAGCAUGUGCACGACUAUGUUCACGCUCCCGAUCCCCGUGUCGUGGGACGACAGCGGCGGGGGAGGAGGAAGUGGUGAUUGGCUGUCGUCGGAUCUUGGCGGAGAUCUGAGGCUGACGUGGAGCUUUCCCGACUGCAAAGGAUGUGAGGCGCGGGGUGGAGUUUGUGGUUAUGAUCGGAACAGCACCGUCGGUGGGAUUACGUGCUACUUUGAUCACGGAAAAGGUAAAAAAGGGCUUGAGGUAUUCAAAAUCAUUGCACUAUCAAUAGUGAUACCAGCCAUCAUAUGCUCCAUAUGCAUUUCAUGCUUCACAUGCAUAGUGGAAAGGAGGGCAGCUCGGAAUAGGGCUGCCACGGUGGCGCCGCCUCCACCUCAGCCACCGGCAAUGGUGGGCCUCGACGAGUCAACCAUCGAGUCAUACAAGAAGGUUGUACUUGGCGAAAGCAAACGCCUUCCCGGACCUAAUGGUGUCACCUGCCCUAUAUGCCUAGUCGAUUAUUGUCCAAAAGAUGAACUCAGAUGCAUACCAGAGUGUCAACAUUGCUUUCAUUCCGAAUGUGUUGAUGAGUGGCUGAGAUUGAAUAGCUCUUGCCCUCUUUGCCGGAAUUCACCGUCACACCCUUUAGAAGCAGUGUGAGUGAAGAUCGAUUGUAAGUUCCAAAAGGAUACAUCAUGUUAAUAAAAUUUUCUGGAGUUAUACAUGAUAAACAAUAAGGGCAUGAGAGUUUUUUUUUCUGUAUAUUUUACUAUCAAGUCUAUUUUAGUUUUGACUAUUUAGUUAUGUAAAAAAUUAACUAGCCAUGAUUCUUUGUAUAUGAUUGCACAGGUUGUUGCA